AUGAAGCUUUUCGUGCGGAAUUUGGUUGUUUGCGAAGACAAUAGUGUAAAAGUCGCUCUAUGUUGAAAGAGAACCUCGUCUUUCGGAUUGAGUCCUUAUUGGAACAAGAAAUACCGAAAAUUGCUUAUUUUUCUUUUCAAAGACCAAGAACAAGUUUCUUUUUAGCUGGAACUUCGUUUUUCAUCCAAGAAAGUCUUCAUCGGUUAAAUCAUCUUGAACGGCUAAUUAUUUCAAGACCUCAUUUCUUAUAAAAUCUAACUAGGGGACGUUUUUUACUUCGCAGCUUCAUAAAUCGAAAACGAGAUCUAUUGCGUGAAGAUUUUUACUUAUUCUGAAGUAAGGAGUACCUAAAGUACACUUCAGUAUCAUUGAAAAUUCAAUCGGGGGCUCAAAAAAGCCAAAUAUGUAGAUGUCAUUUCCGAUUCAACGGGAAGUUCUAUUUUAUAAGAGUAGAUCAAAAUGAGAUAUCAUUAUUCAUUGUAAAUAUUCGUUUUUUUUUCAAUUCGAACACCAUAAAAAGACGUACUUUUCGCUUCUAUAUCCUUAAAAUGAGCAACGGACUUGGAUUAAUGCUGACUUAUAAGAGAGAAUGGGAAUAAGUAAGUUCAUAACCACGUAAAAGAAAAAAUAAUUGAUUGGAAGAGAGAUCAGAUUAGGCAAAUCAACGUGUCGAGUUCAGUCUAGAAGAAGGUAUUUACCGCUUUUCUUCUACCGGGAGUAGGAUGGCCACUCAAACAAGAGGAUCCGAAUGUAAGGACUUUCAUUAUUUUUUGAAAGAUGAUAUCUUAUUGAUGGCUUGAACCUUCUUCUAAGGAUCAAGCCAUCAAUAAGUUUUUUCUUGGAUAGCUGUCCUUGAAAAGAAGCCCUGAGAUUUUAAAAUUCUGUUAGAAGGAAAAACUUUCGUAGUUUCCUAGCACAUAAAAGGGUUUAUUAACAGUACCGUCGCUCAAGUGAACACUUGGAAAAUACACUCAAGAUAAAGCUUGAGUAGCCACUUAAGCAUCAUAGCCUUUUUGAAGGAGUAUCGAAAUUGUUUGCUCUUUUUGUAAGCGCAAUUAAAGAUGUCUUGCUUGAAUUGAGACUGAAAAAGGGUCCUGCAGCGAAUUUGAUAAUUACUGUAUAUUGAGGCCGACUCAAAGGUUGGGAAAAAAAAGAAGGUUCCAUUAGGAACCAUUCAUUUACCUGUCUAGCCAGCCACGUCGUUCGCCCCCAAACCAUCUAUCCUCCUUUAAUCUUUUUCAUUUACUUUCAAUCAUCCAUAUUUAUUUUUUUGAUUUGAUUUUAAUGCUUUAUCUUCAUAAUUUUUUUCGCGGAAUAUUUCUUAUAAAGGUUUAAUUACCCAAGUUUGAGGUUGAAAGGGACGUGCUGCGACCCACUCAACACUCAUCCAAAGAAGACCCGCGUGGCAGGCUAGAAGUCGCCCACCAGGGAGCGGCAACGAAAAGAGUCAGUUUCUACAUUUUUCUCGAACUCAAGAGAAAUUCAGUAGGCAUCCAUUUUGACUCUUUUUAUCAUCCUACUCAUCUAGCUACGACAUAACCAUUCAUUCCCUUUUCACUGUAUACUUUGUUCAUCACCUGACUCAAUAUAUAUUUAUUCCUUUUUUGCAGUAA